AUGACUACCAUAGACAUUCAGCGAGAUUUGAACUACCAGUUCGGUUGGAGCCGUUACAUAAUGAAGUACGUGGGUAUCUGGCCGGAAGAGAGGAAAUGGAACCGACCUUCGAGCUACGUCGUUCUGAUACCGUUUCUCACGAUGCUGUGUUUCGGGUGUGGCCCACAAACCAUUGAUCUGCCAUUCAUCGCGCACGACCUGGACCUGUUUGUCGAGAAUUUGUCGAUGGCUAACAUGACUGUCACGAUCGCGCUCGUCAAGACUAGUUUAAGACGUACUCUAGCCGCCAUUUUCCCCUUCCUCCAAGCAUUGAAGUCUCUGCUGAGGUGCAUAGCCAAGGAUUGGGCCACGGUGGAGACGAAAACCGAACGAGAAAGAAUGGUGAACAUUGCGAAGAUCAGCAGAAAGACCAUGGUAGCAUGCACGAGCAUGUGCGAAUUCGUGGCCAUUUUCUUCCUGUUUCUACGAUUAUUUCUCAUGAAACGCAACGACAGCAAAUCGUUGAUUCUCCAGGGCUAUUUCCCCUACAACACAACGAUCAGCCCGAACUUCGAACUGACAGAGAUUGCACAAGCAAUAGCCAUUAUAUACACAGCAGCUUCGUACUCAGCUGUGGACACUUUUGUCGCUAUGCUGGUUUUACACGCUUGCGGACAGCUUUCGAAUAUAAAACACGAUUUGAGGAACGUCCAUUCGUGCGGUAAUUCGAACGUUUUGCAAAUGAAGCUGAAGAAAAUUGCUCGGAAGCACGAUUACGUCAAUAGUUUAUGUGAUGGUGCAAUUGUACCUAUAUUGUUACGUGGGCGAGAAACUCACAGUCGAGGUAUCGAAUUUAUGAAAGAAAAAUUAAUCAGUCGUUGUUUUUCUGAUAAGAAUUUGGAUCAUUUGGCUAUUAGAUUUCAACAUAUAUUAACGUUUGCAUUUUUUCAGAGUAUAGAUAUAGCUGACACGGCAUAUCAUUGCGAAUGGUACAAUUUACCUCCUAAAGAUGCAGGGUUACUCAUAAUCAUUAUGUGCCGAGCUACGUCAUCACCGUUAAAACUUACGGCAGGCAAAUUUUGUUGCUUCACUAUAUUGCUAUAUUCUCAGAGCAUGGACAUAGCCAACGCGGUGUACCAUUGCGAGUGGUACAAUUUACGUCCCAAGGACGCGAGAUUACUGAUAAUUAUUAUGUGCCGAGCGAGAGCAUCACCGUUGAAACUUACAGCAGGCAAAUUUUGUUGGUUCACCGUAACGUUAUACACCCACGUCUUGAAAACCUCGAUGUCGUGUAUUUCUGUUCUAUACGCGACCAGACUUUAA